AUGAAGUUUAUCAAUUUUCUCACUCUUGCCUUUGAUUUGCUUUCAAAUGAAGGAUUGAAGCAAAUUUAUGAUAUGAAGUUGACCCGCUUCUAUGCUCUGGAACUUUUACAAAGUAUAUCUAAAGAAAUUUCUGCUAUACCUGAUUUGGAAAUCGCCAAAAAAGGAGUAGAUUUGGCUUUCUUUAAUGCCAUUGAGCAUGGAAUAAUUGAAAUAGUUAUUGAGAUAAUCAAAGCCAAUCCUUCCUUUUUGGCAUGUCGAUAUGAUUUCCAAAAGAGCACCAUUCAUGCUGCCAUACGUUUUCGACAAGAAAAGGUUUUCAACCUUAUAUAUGCGGCUGGUAAAUGGAAGUAUUUGAUGAUUUCUGGGUACGAUGAGUACAGCAAUAACAUAUUACAUCUUGCUGCCAUGUUAGCACCCCCUAAUCGGUUAGCUCAUAUAUCAGGUGUAGCUUUGCAAAUGCAAAAAGAGAUACAAUGGUACAAGGAAGUGGAAAGCAUUGUAUACCCUGCACUCAAACAAUACGUCAACGAACAUGGUGAAACACCAAGCCAAUUGUUUACUAAUAGCCAUAAGCAGUUGAUGGAAGAAGCAGAGAAAUGGAUAAAGGGAAUUGCAAAAUCCUGUUCUGUUGUAGGUGCUCUUAUCAUUACAAUUAUGUUUACAGCUGCAUUUACUGUCCCUGGAGGUAAUAUUCAAGAUAGUGGCUAUCCAAUAUUUUUACAUAAAAAGGCAUUCAAGGUUUUCGUAACAGCUGAUGCAAUUUCCUUAUUUGCGGCCUCUACUUCUGUAUUAAUGUUUUUAGGAGUCUUAACUUCACGUUAUGCAGAAGGGGAUUUCCUCAAGUCAUUGCCUAAAAAGUUAAUCAUUGGUCUUUCCACCCUUUUCUUCUCUAUUGCAGCCAUGAUGAUAGCCUUUUGUGCUACUCUUAUAAUAAUGCUUGAUGGAGAUCUAAAGCUUGUCAUUCCUACUAUUUUGUUGGCUAGUGUUCCAGUUACAGUUUUCAUAUUUUUGCAGUUUCCUCUCCUUGUUGAGAUUUUCGUAUCCACGUAUAGACCAGGCAUGUUUGAUAGAAAAAUAAAGAAUCUGUUCCAAAAAGAUCCUAUCUCUGCAUAGGAAAUUCUAGAGAUCCCUUAAAUUGUAUCAGUUAAAAAAGCAACAUUAUCACUCUUCAUUGAGUUCUCUCUCUCUCUCUCUGAUCUCUCUAAUACUCGGAAAGUGAGAAUGUCCUACCCACAUGAUUGUGAGUAAGUGCUUGGAAAUUGAUUGGCAGUAUUAUUGUAAGAAAUAAAUGUGAAAAGUGUGGUCUAAUUUAUUCAUGGACGUUGUUGUUUGUUGUUGCUAAAUUCAUUGGGUUAUCUUUCUAUAUAUAAUAUUUUUAUUAGGUAAUAUACUUUGUCGAUUGUGCGAUUUACU